AUGUCCAGAGCGGGGGAGAUGGUUUAUAUCCCAGACGACUCUGACUUCAGCUCGUUCAGGGAGCAGUGUGAGAGCCUGGAGGGCUGGCACUGCCGCUACAACAAGGCUGGCGUCACCGUCUGGAGCCAUGGCCAGGAGGAAAGCUGCACCGUGCAGAAAAUCAAGACCCGCAUCUCCUGCAAGGACGUCCCUGCCGAGACGCUCUACGACGUGCUGCACGACACCGGCUACCGCAAGAAGUGGGACUCGCACGUCAUCGAGACCUAUGACAUCGGGCGCCUGACCGCGAACGCCGACGUGGGAUACUACUCCUGGAAGUGCCCCAGCCCCCUGAAGAACCGGGAUUUUGUCACCCUGCGCUCCUGGCUGCCCCUGGGCGAUGACUACAUCAUCCUCAACUACAGCGUCAAGCACCCGAAAUUCCCUCCCCGGAAGGAUUUUGUCAGGGCCGUAUCCCUGCAGACCGGUUACCUGAUCAAGGCCAAUGGCACCGGCGCCUGCGUCCUCUAUUAUCUCACCCAGGUGGACCCCCGAGGAUCGCUGCCAAAGUGGGUGGUGAACCGCGUCUCGCAGUUCGUGGCACCCAAGGCAAUGAAGAAGAUCUACAAGGCAGGGCUGAAGUACCCCGAGUGGAAGCGCAGGCACGACCCCGGGUACAAGCCCUGGGUGUACCCGGAGCAGAGCACGCUGCCCAGCCUCAGCCUGGCCGAGCUCUCGCUGCAGCACGCCGACUCGUUGGAGCACAUCGAUGAGACUGGGCUGACCGAGGACCACCUGAGCACCAGCGACCACGAGGCCUGA